GGGCUCUGAGUAUAUAUGAGAUUGUAGAAACCUGAAAUAGGAUUAACUUUCAAUUUUUUACAUCUCCCUCCCCACCCCUCACCCUUGUCUGAUCUCCAAUUGGCUUUAGAAAAGUGAUCACCCUCAUCCUGCCCAUCUAUCCUUUGUCUUCUUUCAACAGUUUCCCAUCCUACUCUCCAUAACCCAUAGUAAGGCUACCAUUCCCCAGAGGUUUCUAUCAUUAAUUCUUGACUCACUUUAGUGCUGAAUAUGUUCCAAACAGUGCUGCAGAACUCAUUCCAACAGCAAACCCAAUCAUGAACCCAACUUUCACACGAUCAAAACAACUUGGCUGUGGUGGUCUUUGCAUUUUUCUUCACUUAAUCCUCUAAAACCUCGAAUACCCUAUCGUCUCCUAUCGUAUCCUUUUAAAAAUAGCUGAAAUCCAGAAAGAAUUUGACUAAUUCUCGGAAGAUUUCAGGAAAGAAAUUUACCUUUCUAAAGCACGUUGAGUUGAGUAUUGAUUGGUAGACACCGCGGGUCAGUAAAACUUCCUGUUCAGCCGGUCAAGAAAGACUGGGCUCUAGUGGCGAGGAACGUCUAGUUGUUUUUGCAUUUUACUUUCAUUUUCGUUCCGACGGCGUUUUCCUGUUUAUACUUACAAAAAAACGGCUGUUUUUCGGUGUCCUAAGCGUAUUUUCAGCACUUUGAGGAUGGUAAAUAAGAAAAGAGUCCCAGACAGAUGGAGGGAGUAUAAAUCUUGCUCUUGGACUCCAAUCAAGAAUGAGAGGAUAAUUUCAUUCAAAACACCAUUGUCUAAGAAAUUUGCUACUGGAAUGGAAGGAGAUGAGGGCCUAGUACAUUCUGAGAGAUUCACUCCCAGUGACCUCAUCAAUGAAUUAGAUAAAAAAAGUCUUCAUCUUGGAAUGGUUCUUGACUUCACCUUCACAAAGAGAUACUAUGAUCCAACGGAACUCACUGAAAAGGGAAUCAUUUACAAGAAAAUGAUGUGUCCAGGGCAUGAAAUACCCAAAGAAGAAGAUAUCAAGAGGUUUGAAUACGAAGUUUUCUCAUUUCUUGAGAAUGAUAAGACUGGAGCAUUGGUUGGUGUUCACUGCACACAUGGCAUUAAUAGAACAGGCUACAUGGUUUGCAGAUACUUGAUUGACUGCAAAGGAUACGAGCCUGAAGAUGCCAUAAAAGCAUUCAAUGAUGCAAGAGGUUAUCCCAUAGAGAGAGAGAAUUAUUUAGAAGAUCUUAAAUUGCGAAAACCUAGACAUGAUGUAGAUUUUAAAGACUACAGCAAAGAAUUGUCUAGACAAGAAAUGAACUCAAAGGAGAGGGAACCAGAUAAGCCACGUAAUUAUAGAGAAAUAUACGACAGAAAAAGAAGGUUCCAUAGAGAAGACAACUGGGCUGAUGAUUUUGUACCAGACUUUAGUAGUCCUGGAAAAUAUGCAUGGACUGACCAAUAUGAUGAUCAAGAACCUAGGCACUCUUCCAGACAUACUAAUCGUUCUCACUCAACGCACACAAGGCCAUACAGGAACCAUAACUAUGAUAGAAGAAAUAACCACCCUCGCGACAGAAGAAUAGACUAUCAAAGAUAUGAUCCUUAUUAUCCAUGUCACUAUGGUAAUCAUGAUUCUGAACUGGGUUGGUAUGAAAAUGAUUAUCGCUGGCACAGAAAUGACAGAAACUUUGAUCCUCAAAGACAUAGAUACAGAUAUAAGUAAUCUGUCAACAUGGCCAGUAGGGGGGUACCACCAUACAGAAAGGGCAGGGAUGAUUAUCAAAAAAUAAAUUUAACCCUUAAAAGAGAGUUGGGUGUAGUCCUGGCUUAAUUUUAGCCCUAAAAGAUACCACUUUGAAACACAAGAUAAAUCAUUUGAAACAAAGAUCAUUGAGUUUACUCAAACAUAUGCUGAAAGUCCUCAAACACUUUCCAUUUUAAUGAAAAAAGAUCAUGAAAAAAGAUACCACACAUGCCAAAAACCAACAGCUUUUCCUUUUUUACCCUCAAAGAGGGAGUGAAUUAUGAUUUCAACCCCUAAGAGAUACGAUAAUCAUUCCUGCUCAUCAUUAUAUGGGAGUACCCUCCCCACCCUCCCAUCCCCCUGGGGGCAACAGCACAUUUUACUCUUUAUAUAAGAUUAUAAGAAGAUAAGGGAAAGGAUACAGAUGUCCUGUGGAAAAGUAGAAAACAAGCUUCUCAAGUGGGAUUGGUAAAAAUUCCAUUAAAUAUCCAUGCUUCUUGUUAAGAGAGAAAAGAAGAGAAACCUCUUUAGUUUUGUAUGCAAAUUGCCCAUUUCAGAUCAAAUAACAUUCCUCUGAGAAUUAUUCUUUUAUGACGAACAUUGUCCCUUGAAUGAAACAAAUGCAUGAAACAGAAUAUAGACCAUGCACAUUUUCACGAGUAAGUUCACAUAUAUUAUCACAUUUAGUCCUAUAAAAAUAAUUCUGACUUGAAUGAAUUACAAGACAAUCCAACAUUCAUUCCAGUUGUCAGCAUUGUACUUGUUGCUUUUGGACCAGACAUUGUUUUUUGGAAUAGGCAUAUUUAUUAUUAUUAUUAAGUUUUGAUAUUUUUAUCUAAUUUUGAUUUGGUUUUAGUAUAAGAAAAUAAAAAUACUGGUAUCCUCCUUUGUUUUGCAAUGGUAGUAUUCAAAGAUGUUUGCAAGCAAAGGAACUUUAUAUUGAAUGUUUUAAAGCUUGGUGUAAAUAUAAUUCUCAUAGUUUAAAAAUGUUUUGUUUAAAUAAAACUGAGGAUCAAUGAA